AUGAACUGCCCCUCCAGAACCGACGAGGUCCCUGAGGCCGAUGGUCACAACCAGAACCCCAAUGCUCUGUCCAACGACUUGACCACCAACCAGGACCUCAAUGGCAUCGCAAACUCCAGAGUCCUGCGUGGCGGGGACUCGCUAUCGAUACAGUCGGCCGGCCAAGCAGUCGAGGCCGACAGGGUUCCGCAAUCGGUCGAUCCACACAGCGACGAGAAGCACCAGAGGAUCACGAAUACGUCGGCUGCGAUUGGCCAGCCUCCCACCGGGGGGGUUGCAGCCGCUCGCCUGAAGAAGGUCAUUGUUACGUUUGGCAAGUUUGUCGGUCCUGGUUUCAUGAUUGCUGUUGCAUACAUCGAUCCUGGAAACUACGCAACCGAUAUUGCAGCUGGAGCCUCGUACCGUUUCCGCCUUCUUUUCAUUGUUCUAUUGAGUAAUCUCUUCGCCAUCUUCCUGCAGAGUCUCUGCAUCAAGCUCGGCACUGUCACGGGCCUCAACCUUGCAGAGGCUUGCCGUGCAUUUCUUCCCCGAUGGCUCAACUAUGUACUCUAUGCGAUGGCAGAAGUUGCCAUUAUUGCCACGGACAUAGCUGAGGUCAUUGGUACUGCCAUUGCCAUUAAUUUGCUAAUUCCUAAGAUACCCCUGGUCGCUGGAUGCGCCUUAUCAAUUCUUGAUGUAAUGGUCAUCCUCUUCUUUUAUCAACCCAACGGUGCCAUGAGAGGUCUCAGAGCUUUCGAGUUCUUCGUCGUUCUCUUGGUCCUAGGCGUUGUCAUAUGCUUCUGUAUUCAAUUGUCUAUGAUUGACGACACCCCUGUUGGCGAUGUAUUCAAGGGGUACCUGCCAUCGAGCGCCAUUGUCGAACGGAAAGGUCUCUACCAAGCAUGUGGUAUUCUCGGUGCAACAGUCAUGCCACAUAGUCUCUACCUUGGCUCGGGCAUUGUUCAACCCCGUCUGCGAGACUACGACGAGAAAAAGGGGCUGCUCCCUCCCGAGCCGCGCUCUUCAGCCUCUUCGACUCACGAGGACACUGACAAAGCGGCUUAUAUGCCCUCUCUAUCCGCCAUUCAGCAUUCUAUGAAAUACUCCAUUACAGAGCUGGCAAUAUCUCUCUUCACCUUCGCGCUGUUCGUCAACUCCGCUAUCCUUAUCGUCGCCGGCGCUUCCCUCUACCAGAACGAAGAGGCUCAGAGCGCCGACAUCUUCGGCAUCCACGAUCUCCUCAGCAAGAGCCUAUCCCCGGCGGCCGGCACCGUCUUCGCCCUCGCGCUGCUCCUGUCCGGCGUGUCGGCCGGCAUCGUGUGCACCAUCGCGGGACAAAUGGUCAGCGAGGGCGCGCUGAACUGGUCGCUGCGCCCGUGGCUGCGCCGCCUCGUGACCCGCUCCAUCAGCAUCACGCCCAGCAUCAUCAUCGCCGGCGCCGUGGGCCGCACCGGCCUCGACGCCGCGCUCAACGGCUCCCAGGUCGCCCUCAGCGUCGUCCUGCCCUUCGUCACCGCGCCCCUCAUCUACUUCACCUGCCUCAACAAGUACAUGACCGUGCUGCCCGGCAACGCGCGCCUCUACGUCCCCGGCGACCCCGAGGGCAACGGGCUGCGCGUCGGCAUCGCUGCUGCGGUGGGGAGCGGCGGCGGCUCUGGUGCGACUAGUCUGCAGGGCGGCGUCCCUGGCUCGGUCAAGAUGGCAAACUCUAUCUGGGUUGCCGUCCUUGCUGUUAUAAUCUGGCUCAUCAUUGCUGCUAUGAACGUGGCUAACUUGGUGCUGCUGGGCAAGGGCGACUAG